GCAGUCACCUAGCUGUUUGUGAUGAUUUCACUUACCUGAUGCUGCACUCCGAAGUAGUUCGAAGGUGGGUACAGGAUCUCAGUGACGGAACCACGUAGAAUAGAACCAUCGUGUUUGUACUCAUUUGAAAGGGCUCACAGUUACCUAGCUGUUUGUGAUGAUUUCAAAUACCUGAUGCUGCACUCCGAAGUAGUUCGAAGGUGGGUGCGCGAUCUCAGUGACGGAUCCACGUAAAACCAUGGUGUUUGUACUCAUUUGAAAGGGCUCGCAGUCACCUAGCUGUUUGUGAUGAUUUCACUUACCUGAUGCUGCACUCCGAAGUAGUUCGAAGGUGGGUACAGGAUCUCAGUGACGGAACCACGUAGAAUAGAACCAUCGUGUUUGUACUCAUUUGAAAGGGCUCACAGUUACCUAGCUGUUUGUGAUGAUUUCAAAUACCUGAUGCUGCACUCCGAAGUAGUUCGAAGGUGGGUGCGCGAUCUCAGUGACGGAUCCACGUAAAACCAUCGUGUUUGUACUCAGUUGAAAGGGCUCGCAGUUACCUAGCUAUCUGUGAUGAUUUCAAUUACCUGAUGCUGCACUCCGAAGUAGUUCGAAGGUGGGUACAGGAUCUCAGUGACGGAACCACGUAGAAUAGAACCAUCGUGUUUGUACUCAUUUGAAAGGGCUCGCAGUUACCUAGCUGUCUGUGGUGAUUUCACUUACCUGAUGCUGCACUCUGAAGUAGUCCGAAGGUGGGUAGAGGAUCUCAGUGACGGAACUACGUAGAGUAGAACCAUCUUGUUUGUACUCAUUUGAAAGGGCUCGAUGUUACCUAGCUUUCUGUGAUGAUUUUACUUACCUGAUGCUGCACUCCGAAGUAGUUCGAAGGUGGGUACAGGAUCUCAGUGACGGAACCACGUAUAGUAGAACCAUCCUGUUUGUACUCAUUUGAAAGGGCUCGCAGUUACCUAGCUGUCUGUGGUGAUUUUACUUACCUGAUGCUGCACUCCGAAGUAGUUCGAAGGUAGGUACGCGAUCUCAGUGACGGAACCACGUAAAGUAAAACCAUCGUAAUUGUACUUAUUUGAAAGAGCUCGCAGUUACCUAGCUGUCUGUGAGGAUUUCACUUACCUGAUGCUGCACUCCGAAGUAGUUCGAAGGUGGGUACGCGAUCUCAGUGACGAAACCACGUAAAAUAAUCGUGUUUGUACUCAUUUGAAAGGGCUCGCAGCCACCUAGCUGAUUGUGAUGAUUUCACUUACCUUAUGCUGCACUUCGAAAUAGUCUGAAGGUAGGUACAGGGUCUCAGUGACGGAACCACGUAAAUCCAUUGUGUUUGUACUCAUUUGAAAGGGCUCGCAGCCACCUAGCUGAUUGUGAUGAUUUCACUUACCUGAUGGUGCACUCCGAAGUAGUUCGAAGGUGGGUACAGGAUCUCAGUGACGGAACCACGUAUAGUAGAACCAUCGUGUUUGUACUCAUUAGAAAGGUCUCGCAGUUACCUAGCUGUCUGUGAGGAUUUCACUUACCUGAUGCUGCACUCCGAAGUAGUUCGAAGGUGGGUACGCGAUCUCAGUGACGGAACCACGUAAAAUAAUCGUGUUUGUACUCAUUUGAAAGGGCUCGCAGCCACCUAGCUGUCUGUGAUGAUUUCACUUACCUGAUGGUGCACUCCGAAGUAGUUCGAAGGUGGGUACAGGAUCUCAGUGACGGAACCACGUAUAGUAGAACCAUCGUGUUUGUACUCAUUAGAAAGGUCUCGCAGUUACCUAGCUGUCUGUGAUGAUUUCACUUACCUGAUGCUGCACUCAGAAGUAGUUCGAAGGUGGGUACGCGAUCUCAGUGACGGAACCACGUAAAACAAUCGUGUUUGUACUCAUUUGAAAGGGCUCGCAGCCACCUAGCUGCUUGUGAUGAUUUCACUUACCUUAUGCUGCACUUCGAAAUGGUGCGAAGGUAGGUACAGGGUCUCAAUGACGGAACCACGUAAAACCAUCGUGUUUGUACUCAUUUGAAAGGGUUCGCAGUCACCUAGCUGUUUGUGAUGAUUUCACUUACCUGAUGCUACAUUUCGAAGUAGUUCGAAAGUGGGUACGCGAUCUCAGUGACGGAAUUACGUAAAAGCAUCGUGUUUGUACUCAUUUGAAAGGGCUCGCAGUUACCUAGCUGUCUGUGAUGAUUUCACUUACCUGAUGUUGCACUUCGAAGUAGUCCGAAGGUGGGUACAGGAUCUCAGUGACGGAGCCACGUACAGUAGAACCAUCGUGUUUGUACUCAUUUGAAAGGGCUCGCAUUUACUUAGCUUUCUGUGAUGGUUUACUUACCAUUUCUGAAAAUGCUUUUAUUGUACUCUUUUUGUUGAGUAUCUGUUGCGAUAAUAUUUCUAAUGUAUCUUUAUGUUUUUAGGCAAUUGAGAAAUCACUAGAAAUCCCAUUCAAAAAAUCAGGGGAAAGAUCCGUCAACUGAAUGUAAUGCAUUACAUUCAUCUACGACUAUUGCAGAAACUCACGAUCCGUUCGGUAUGGCAGUUGAUGAGGAGACUUCGUUGCCGGAUAUUACGCUUCAACAAGAUGACAUUUUACCGGAAUUAACUAUUGAGAAGAAUCAACCAGUAACAGAAAAAAUAAAUAUAUCUGGCAGACGAAUUGUUGAUAUAAAAUACUUUUUUUCAAAAUUGCAAGAAAUCAGCAAUCACAGCCCCUAUAACUGUGGAGUACAAAGUUUAAAAAUUGUUGGAGAGAAACGAGUUGGAUUGUCAUCCAAGUUUACUCUAGAGUGUUUAAUGUGUAAAGGAAAGUUUAUAUUAAAUAAUGUCCCAGGUGAUUAGAAAAAGGUCGUGUGACCACUGAUGGCAUACCUAUUAUAGAUGUUAUUGUUGAUGGAUGCUGGAGUAAGAGGUCUUAUAAAAAGAAUUACUCAGCACUUUCAGGAGCUGCUGCCAUAAUCGGAAAAGAAACGAAAAAAAUUUUGUUUCUCGGUGUUAAAAAUAAGUACUGCAGCAUAUGUGCGCAAGAUUGUAACAAAAAUCAAACUCCGAGAGCUCAUCAGUGUUACAAAAAUUUCACGGGUGCUUCUACUGCCAUGGAAUCUACCCUGAUAGUAGAAGGUUUUAGAUUAUCUGUUGAAAUGUACGGUCUGAUUUAUGGACGUCUAAUAUCUGACGGAGAUUCUAGCACGUACUCUAAAAUAUUAGAAGCAAGACCUUACCCUCAAUUUACAGUUGAAAAAGUAGAGUGCAGAAAUCACCUUUUAAGAAACUUGUGCAACAAACUGGAAAACCUGAUCACAGAUACAAAAUAUCCCAUACAUCUUAGAAAAUUAGUUACGAAAAAACGCAUAAUGACUAUUAGGUCCACAAUUAGAAAAUGCAUCAAAAAAUAUCAUGAUUCUACAGAGACUAUAGAUUUUUGCACUCACAAACUUUUUGAGGACAUUCAAACUGUACAUUUACAUGCCUUCGGGAACCACACCAACUGUAAAAACCAUUUCUGUAAUUGUCGUCAAACUGAAACUGAAUCAGUACUGGCGGAUUUUUUCACAAGUUCUUUAUGCCAGAGAAUAUGUUUUAUUAUAAAUAGUAUUGCUGGCCAUUCAAGAAGUCUUGUUCAUGAUAUUGAUAGUAACAUCGUAGAAUGUUUUCACAGCGUUGUGGCCAAAUUAGUUGGGGGUAAAAGAGUAAAUUACUCUCUGAGGCGCGGCUAUCAAACUAGGUGUUCAGCUUCUGCAAUUACGUUCAAUACUAAAAGAAAACCUACUACAAUAUUGUACAAAACAAUUGUUGGCAAAAGCCCUAAAGGCCGAAUGAGCACUUUAGAUAAUAAGUAUCGGAAACUUAGAGGCUUGAAGAAACGCGCCAAUUAUAAAAAGCCACAGAAGACGUGUGAUGCUAUAACUCAAAAUAAAGAUUAUGGUGAACAAAGCUCUAAGCCGGAUGUGAGUGAUGAUGUUCUUAAUUUAAUGAAGAAAACUUUUAUAUCCACUUUAAAAAAAAGUGAAGAAGAGAGAACACGGAUUGAGCGGCAGACCAUUUUGCAAAGCGAGUCUAGCGAAUGGCUUGAACUUAGACGUUCUUUGUUGACAGCUUCGAACUUUGGCAAAGUGAUCAAAAUGAGGCCAGAUAUUAGUUGUGCCAAUAUAGUAAAGCAAUUGGUAUACAAAAUUAAUAUAGAUGCUGUUCCUAUGCAGCACGGAAGAGAAUAUGAAAAAAAAGCGCUACAGCAAUUAUCUACGCAAGAAGCAGUGGAUAUAAGACCUUGCGGGCUUUAUAUAGAUCCCGAAAUUCCGUAUUUGGGGGCCACACCAGAUGGGAUUAUAGACGAAGAAACAAUAGUGGAGGUUAAGUGUCCAAUAACGGCAUUUAAGACAGGACUAGAGGAAGCUAUUAC